UGCUUUAAACCCCCCCUUGGUUAGAAAUUAACUAGAACUUGCUCAUCUUUUACUGCUAUUAGGUGUGAGUGUGAACUAAUGGAAAGGAGUGAAGAGUUGGUGUUCAGUGUGGAACCCCAGAACCCAGUUCCGGCACCAUUUCUAACAAAGACAUACCAGCUUGUUGAUGACCCUCUCACUGACCACAUUGUGUCUUGGGGUGAAAAUGAAACCUCCUUCGUGGUGUGGAGAAUCACUGACUUCGCCAAGAAUCUUCUCCCUAACUAUUUCAAGCACAACAAUUUCUCCAGCUUUGUCAGGCAGCUUAAUACCUAUGGAUUUAAGAAAGUAGUGGCAGACAGAUGGGAGUUUGCAAAUGAGAAUUUCAGGAAAGGAGCUAAGCACUUGCUGUCAGAGAUCCAUCGAAGAAAAACCCAUCGAAACCACCACGACCAGCAACAACCUCAACAGUUGUUUCUGAAACCAGAAGACAGCCAUGGUUGGAUGGAGUCUCCAUCGCCAUCUCCGAGAGGCAGCAGUACCGACAUUCUAACAGCACUUACCCAAGAUAAUCAGAGACUACGAAGAAAGAACUACAUGCUAGUAUCUGAACUCACUCACAUGAAGACCCUUUACAAUGACAUUAUUUAUUUCAUCCAAAAUCAUGUGAAACCAGUGCCUUAUCAACAAAAGGCCAAUACAGUAGGAUCCAACAUCAUACAAUUGGGUCCUUCAAUCCAUGUUUCUGGCACUGAAACUGCUGAAACCAGCGUUUUGGGCAACUCAUCAUCACUGACUGUGCCAAAUAACAGUAAUGUGAAGCUUUUCGGAGUCCCUCUCAUUGACAACGAACGGUUUGCGCCCCGAAAACAUUAAUAUUCGGCGAGAAUUGAAAUGCUGGCUGUGCCUCCACUGAUUAGCUUUUUUGGUUGAUUUAGACAUAUUUGAUAAUCAUCAUUAAUCUUCCUUAGCUUAGCUUACCUAGAAUUUGAUAGUUGAUCUAAUUUGCAGUACAAGGCUUGAAAGAAAUGGUGAACUUCACCCAAGUUAAUUCACUUUCCAUACUUUCUCACUGAUAUUUUCGAAAAACAGUUUCAUUUUCUAUUUUUUUAAAAAUUAAUAAAAAAAACACUUUUCUAUAAUAGAAAUCUCAGAAAUAAAAUAAAUUAUGGAUUUUUUUCCUCAACAUUUAUAUUCUAUGUCUGAUUAAAGGAAUGCUAAUGCCCGAUUGAUCUGGAAGUCUAGAACAUUUAAUGUAUCUUCCAUUACUUAGAGAUUUUGAGUUGGCUGGGACUUAUAGUUGGGGUUCUGCGUGUAUAAAGAACUCUGUCGUGCUACAUUUCCAAAGAGCCCUGAUGUUUAGUGUUACUCCAAUCGAUUGCCAUUUCUUUCACCACGAACGGCUAUACCCUCUUGCUAGCAGCAGAUGGAACAACCGUAAGGAUCAUACUGGUAUUCCAUCUGACCUUGCAAGCAUUAGACUACAACUAGAUCGAUUAGAAUAUGAUAAGUUGUGGAGUGGCAACAAACUGAUGGAGUAAUGUGACAAUUUGGGAUGCAACAAUCAAUUCCCAAAAUGCCAAUCAACGUUGAUAAGCUUCACAAGAUUGAUAUGGGCGGGCACCAUGAUGAAGUUUGGCCUACUAG